CGGCCCUGGCUUUAGGGCGGCUGCCGGGUGCGUGAGUCCGGGCUGCUCUGGGCCGCCAGCACUGAGGGCUGGCGCGGGCGGGAGGAUGCCUCUGGCCGCCUACUGCUUCUUGCGCGUGGUGGGGAAGGGAAGCUACGGGGAGGUGAGCCUGGUGCAGCACCGCCAGGAUGCCAAGCAGUAUGUCAUCAAAAAGCUAAACCUUAAAAAUGCCUCCAAGCGAGACAGGAAAGCAGCAGAACAAGAGGCCCAGCUCUUGUCUCUCUUGAGGCACCCCAACAUAGUCACCUACCGGGAGUCCUGGGAAGGGGAAGAUGGUUUAUUAUAUAUUGUUAUGGGCUUCUGUGAAGGAGGAGACCUCUAUCAUAAACUUAAAGAACAGAAGGGCAAACUUUUACCAGAGACUCGGGUGGUAGAGUGGUUUGUCCAGAUUGCCAUGGCACUGCAGUAUUUACAUGAAAAACACAUUCUACACAGAGAUCUCAAAACGCAAAAUGUUUUCCUGACACGAACAAAUAUAAUCAAAGUGGGAGAUCUGGGAAUAGCCAGAGUGUUAGAAAAUCAGUAUGAUAUGGCCAAUACUCUUAUUGGCACACCUUACUAUAUGAGUCCUGAACUGUUAUCUAGCAAACCUUACAACUACAAGUCUGAUGUUUGGGCUUUAGGAUGUUGUGUUUAUGAAAUGGCCACACUGAAACAUGCCUUCAAUGCUAAAGACAUGAACUCUCUCGUUUAUCAAAUUAUUGAAGGAAAGUUGCCACCAAUGCCAAAGGAUUAUAGCCCACAACUAGUAGAGCUGAUACGAACUAUGCUUAGGAAGAAGCCUGAGGAAAGACCCAGCGUGAAGAACAUACUAAGGCAGCCUUAUAUCAAACACCAAAUCUCUUUGUUUUUGGAAGCCACAAAAGUAAAAGCAGCCAAAACUCAUAGGAAGAUGGCUGAUCCUAAACCCAAAAGUCCUGCUGUGGUUUUGUUGAAGAUGGAAUAUAGUAAGGAUAAUAGUGUACCACAAAGACAUUCCUCUGAGCAAGCCAGGAAAUACAAAGCUAAUGAAGAAAAGUAUUUAAUCAAAGAUAAAGCUGUUGACAUUUGUCACUCAGAGAAAACAGCAUCCGAGCCUGAAAAAAAACCAAUAAAAAAUGAGAUGAACAACAAAAGAGCUUCCAUAGCAACAGUGAGCAAAGUGGAUAUUGAUAUUUUGCUGUCUGAAACAAGGAACUGUAAGAAUGACUGUUCAGUGCAAGAUAAUAAAAUGGGCAAUUUAAGUAUUCCUAGUGAUGCAGGAAUUAAAGUAAAACCUAGUGGCCCACAGAUGGAGGACAGUGGACUGCAACAAAACAUAAACCCAGGUUUGGAAGCUGAAAGUGGGGAUCCUAAAAAGUUACCUGUUGGAGUCAUAGAUGAGAGUCACAAUACUCUGAAGCUCAUGCAAACCAUCUCAGGAGACCAAAAGCAAAUUGACAAGAGUUUGGAUUAUACUGAGAAGUUGAUGGCACCUUUUGUACCUAUCAUAUUUCAGGAUGAAGCUGUUCAUGGAAAACCAGGAGGAGCUCAGGAAAAAAUCACUUCUCACUUAAAGCCUCAUAGUUCUGCCAGUGAACCCUCCCUCUCACGGCAGCGACGAAAGAAGAAAAAGGAACUAGCUGACAUUUGUUCGGAAAAGUUCAGUGCAAUUGCUUCUCAGCCUCUGCCUUCUCCACCUGAUGUGGAUGUGAAGAUUACCCAAAGCCAUGCAAAUCAACAUGUUGCUGAAGUCUCAGAUUCUGUAAAUAGCAUUAAAAACAGUCAGAUGUUAAUUUCAGAGGAUCGACCCCUGUCAGCAAGAGAGAGGAGGAGACUAAAACAGUCACAGGAAGAGAUGUUUCCUUCUGUGUCUGAUGCAAAACGAACAUCACAUAAUGCAGUUGCUGAAGCAAAAUUACAUGUGGAAAAUCGUAUUAAAGUUUCUCAGUCCUCAACAGAGUCCAGUAUUUCUCAGAAAAAAAAAACAACCCAUUGCCUAUCUGAUGAUGAGAUGAGCUCUUCCACAAGCUCCACAGAUAAGUCGGAUGGAGAUUUCAAAGCAGGAAAAAAACAUACAAAUGAAAUGGAUGAUUUGGUUCAGCUUAUGACUUGGACCCUGAAAAUGGACUCUAAAGAGAACUGUGAACACCCCUUAAUCCCAACCCCUGAAUCAGAAUUCAAGUUUCAAAAGAAAUACAGGGACACUCUUAUCCUAUGUGGAAAAGCAUCUAAUGAACCAGAGGAAUUCAGAUUUGAAGAGUUUCCUUCAGAUGCCUUAUCUGGUCCUAAAAAGAUUAAGAGAAUGGUUGAAGUCUUGAGAUCUGAUGUGGUGCGAGGACUUGGAGUGAAACUUUUAGAGAAAGUAUAUGAUAUCAUGGAGGAAGAAGAUGAACUGAAGAGAGAGUUACAGUUGCGGGAGCACAUGGGAGAGAAGUAUACCAAUUACAGUGUGAAGGCUCGCCAUCUGAAGUUUCUUGAAGAUAAUGUAAAAUUUUGACCAGAAAAAAAAAUUGUCCUAUGUAACUAUUUAUGACUUAUUUAUGUGGAGAAAUGCUGAAGAAUGAUACUGCUUAUAAUUGAUGCCUAAACUAAAAAGAGCAAAAUUGUGUUCAGUAUAGCAAAGGAUGCUUGGUUGGCAGAGUACAUGCUACACACAGAACUUUUUGUAGAAGUAGAGGUGACAACUUGCUCAAUUCCAAUUUGGGUACUUAUAUAUUUUACUGACAUAAAACUACUACUUCAAACUGUUGGGCUAAUUAAGGGAGGUCAAAAAUAGGGUCCCACAAGGAUCUAUGCUGGGCCCAGUUUUGUUCAACACUUUCAAUGUUCUGCAAUGAUGCACCACAGACUGCUGACCACCUCCUCACAUGUGCAGCACACCCACGCACCCAGGAUGAGGAUCUGGCAAGAGUCUAUGAUAAAUCAGUUGUGUGGCUCCGCCACAUUUGUGUGUAGAGGGGGGAAAUGAAGCAUAGAAGAGAAGAUGAUCCAUGACCUGGAUAUGGGCACACAGUGAAAUCUGCAAGUUUGCAGGUGAUACCAAAUUAUGCCAGAUAAUCAAGUCCAAGGCUGAUGGAGGAAAGCUACAGAAAGAUCUCACUAAGCCAAGUGAUUAGGCAAAAAAUAAAUAAAUAAAAUGACAGAUGAACUUCAAUGUCAACAAGUGCAAGAUAAUGCACAUGGAGAUAAAUAACUUCAACUUAUACAAAAUGCUGGGUUCUGAACUACCUGUUAUGACUCAGGAAAGAAACCUUGGUGUCAUUGUAGACAGUUCUCUAAAACUGUCACCUCAGUGUGCAGCAGUGACCAAGAAAAGCCAGUACAAUGUUGGGCAUCAUAAGAAUGGAAUUAAAAACAAAAUGGAGAACAUCAUCAUGCCAUUAUACAAAUCUAUGGUGUGCUCACAUCUUGAAAACUGUGUACUUCUGGUCCCCACAUCUCAAAAAGGAUGCAGUAGAAUUAGAAAAGGUACAGAGGAGGGUAAUCAAAAUAAGGGGCAUGGAGCAUUUCCCAUACCAGAAGAGACUAAAAAAGGCUAGGAACUUCAGUUUGGAAAACAGAAGUCUGAAGGAAGGAUAUGAAAGAGAUCUAUAAAAUCAUGAAGGUUGUAGACAACUAUUGUUUGUCAGGUCUUAGAAUAUUAGAACUAGAGGGCACCUACUGAAGUUAGCAGGAGACAGGUUUAAACCUAACAAGAGAAAAUACUUUUUUUACACAAUGCAUAGUCAACUUGUGGAAUUUGUUGCCACACGAGGUGGUAGAGGCAGAUAAUGCAACCAUAUUCAAAAAGAGAGAUUAAUUCAAGGAUGAUAGGUCUGUUGAUGGCUAUUGAACAGAAUGGUUGGAGAUGAUUCAUCUUGUAUCUCUAAACCAACAGUGGUAGAUGCUAGGGAGGGUACUGUAUAGGGCAGCAGUUCCCAACCCUGGGUCACGGACCCAAAGGAAGGUCGCAGGGGCAAUGCCGGCAGCAGCACACACAAGACAAGCCAUGCCAGGAGCUCCCCCACCCCCGGGCCACCGCCGCCCUCUGCUCCCAGCAACAGGUCACAGAAAAAAAAGGGUUGGGAACCACUGGGUAGGGAACAGGUCGCUCUAAAGAUAUCCAGUACUCACUGCUUUCUCCUCCUAUAGCAUCCACUUCUGCCACUGCUGAAAAAAGUCUACUGACCUACAAACGAUGACCAUUGGCCUCAACCUGACCGUUUUUUCUGCUGUAACUGGAAAAAAAAAUGGAGAGAAGUGUUUGGGACUGUUGGUAAUAAAAAGAUGCAAUGAGACUGAAAGUCAGCUUGUACACGAUAGUUAUAAAAUCAGUGAUGAGAUGUGGCAGGAUUCUGAACUGUGAGAAGGAAGAAAUGCAGUAGAAUCCAGAUACUAAAAAAGUGUGGAGGGGAGCAGGCACUGAGAAACACAUGCACAUCUACACACCCUGGUAAAGGGAAGGAUUUACAAAGUAUCUGGAGGUAUACAGAGCCAGAGCAAACAGCUGGGUAGAACUGCUAAUUAGCACCAUCUAAAUGGAGAAGCACUUUGAUAGAAAGCUGCAGCAGGCAGCUGAGCAUCUGAUUCUUAAUUUGGUACAUCACUGUGAAUUAAGUGGGUUGUGAACUAUCUGAAUAUAAAUGUUCCAUUUUCUAUUGUACUGGUAAGAGUAGAGAUGGGCACGUUGAAACAGAUUCUGAAAGUCAAUCUGAAAGAUAAGGUGAGAAAUGACAACAUUGGGAUACAGCAAAACCUCAAGCUAGCUAAAAGUGUAUGAGGCAGGACCAGGAGACUACUAUGUGAGAAUAUGACCCCAACUGACAGCAAGGCAACAAGACAGCCAAGACUGCAGUGAAAAGGACUAUAUCAGAAAAGAUAUGCAAGAUCUGAACAUUCAAUCAGAGGAUGCAAAAGACUGCAACAAGUAGAGAUUAAUGAUCAGUGACCUAGUGUGCAGGCAGCCCCUUGCACAUCCAGAGUGAGGCUAUUUUGAGCUAUUAUGCAAUUGCCUCUACAUAAGCUACUCAAACUAAAUUGGGACAAAAGUUAUUUUUUGAAAUAAAAUUAAAAUGUUAUAGAAGAUGUAUGAUUUUUAGUUAAGGAUUUGUUUUUUUAAUUCAAGUUUUGCUAAAAUAUAUCCUGGAAGACUGUGCAUGUGCAGCCCUUGACAGCUUGCCAAAACUUGUUAAGUGGUCCUCCAGCCAAAAUAAUUGCCCACCCCUGCUUUAAGAGAAACCUGAAAUGUACUUCAGAUUGAAACCCCACUUACCUCCUCCCCCAUUUCAUUCUCCAGGGAGAUUAUUAAAAACGUAA